CUCAAUCACUUCUACCCUGUGGAAUAUUGUAUUCUUUUGGGUGUAGAUUCGGGCGCUCAGGUGCUGUUUUGCUAUAGAAACAGAGACGGAGGAAGAUGAUGCUGUAGAGAAUAACACAGGGCAGAUGAUGGAGACUCAAAGAUUGUGUCAGCACAUCCUCAUCGCUGCCGUCUUUCUGUCAUGUGUCUUUGCCAUCUUCUACAUGUACCACAGCCCGACAAUCAACCGUCUACAUUGUCCAGCGCUUCAAGUUUCCAAACACAACGACUGUGCAGACGCAUGCAUCAACCACACCCAGAUCAGAAAUAACACCUGUGAUGUGAACCUGACCGUCCUCAACAACCAACUCAAAGAAGCUAAACCAUCAAGUCCAUCACAAACAGAGACGCUUCUGUUGAUCUGGACGCCUCCGUUCGGGCGGAGCAUUGCUUUGGAAUCCUGUAGUUCACUGUUUCAGAUCGAGGGAUGUCAGUUAACGGAAGACAGGAGUCUGUUUAAUACAGCACAUGGCAUCUUAUUUCAUCACAGAGAUAUCCACCAGGACUUAUCCAACAUGCCGACGCUGCCGCGGCCUUACUUCCAGAAAUGGGUCUGGAUGAACAUGGAGUCUCCGAGCAACUCUGGCCUCAUACCUCGUCUGAAUGAUCUGUUUAACCUGACGACAUCUUACAGGAGAGAUUCUGAUAUCACCGUCCCGUACGGUCAGACCUCGGAGAGAAGCGCUGACGACAGAACAUAUCAAAUACCGCAGAAGGAGAAAUUCAUCUGCUGGAUUGUGUCUAACUGGAACCCAGACCAUGAGCGCUCGAAAUACUACGACAAAUUGAAGGAACACGUCAGCGUGGAGACCUUCGGCGAGUCCUUCAACAGAUACAUCAGUGAUGGAGAUUAUCCAAAACUGGUGUCCAGCUGUAAAUUCUAUCUGUCUUUCGAGAACUCCAAACAUGAAGAUUACAUCACAGAGAAACUCUUCAACCCCAUGACGCUCGGCACCGUACCGGUGGUCCUCGGUCCAUCCAGAAAGAACUAUGAGAGAUUCAUACCAGCAGAUUCGUUUAUACAUGUGGACGACUUCAAAACCGCCGGAGAACUUGCACAACAUCUCAAAGUCCUCCAUCAAAACACAGACAUGUACAUGAAGUAUUUCGGCUGGAGAGGAAGUUACGCUGUGAGAGGAACCUUGUUCGGUCUUGAGCAGGCGUGCCGGUCCUGUGAUCACAUCAGAAGAAACAGAAACUACCAGACAGUGAAUGAUCUCAACACAUGGUACUGGGGUUAAUAACAGGACUGACAUCAUACUGAAUUUGACUCAACGGUCGUUGGGAUCUCGUGUCAAACAUUCAGACAAAAACACAUGAGAGAAACAACAGCAGACUGUAAAGAAACCUAUCAGAUGGUCUUAUAUUACUCUUGUGGUCUAAAGAAACGUCAGCUGCGCAUUCAUGCGUUUGUAGAAACUCUUCUCUGUUUUCUUUAUUCUGCUCUGACCUGAGCAAGCGUGUGAACAGGAAAUAAGUUUUGUUUUUGUUCCAGGUAUCACUCAAAGGUUUUUCUUUCAUGGCUCGGGAGAUUCCUGGGAGUUCUCUGUUGUGUUCUAUUUCAAGAAUCAAUUUAGUCUCAUGUGUUUCUCUUUAGAUCGAUUAUGGGAGAAAUAUAAAGAUAAUCAAAUGAGAGUGUGAUUGUGUGAACACAUGAAGAGUCUGAAGGUGUAAAUGAUGUAGAUUCUAGAGGGGAAAUCAUCUGGAUUUUAGUAAAUGUGAUGAGAAAUAAGUUCACAUUGAGAUCUUCAAUAAUGUCGACUUUAGACGAGACAAAUCUGAGAUCACAUUGUUGACAUCUCUUCUCAAACUCUCAUGACAGACACAUUUGUCAGAUUUCUGACUCUUUUUCUGGAGACACACAUGAGACUUCAGCAGAAGUUUCGAAUAUCAUAUCAUUCGAUGUCUAGGAGAAAUAACUGAGAUCUCAUCUUGAUACUUCUGUGAUCUGGUAAAGUUUCUGAUGAUUGUAAAAGCACACAAUGUUUUGACAAUGUCACAAAUUUAACAAAAUUAAAAUGUUAAAAACUGAAGAAUCAUCUGUAAAAGAUCAAAAUACAAUUGAUUUUUUUUUCUGUGGACAUUAUCACAACAUCAGACGUCUCAGGAUUUCAUUACAAAAGUGAACACACACGAGUGCUGCAGUUCACGUUAUGAAUAUUAGCUUUCCUGUAGCUCAGUGGUAAGAGCAUUGCGUUAACAGCACAAGGUUGUGGGUUUGAUCCCAGGGGAUUGCAAAUACCUAUGUAUAAAUGUAUAGGAUAAAGCAAUGUAAGUCACUUUGGAUAAAAGUGUCUGCCAAAUGCCUAAAUGUAAAUAUUAAAGGGGUCACAUGGCAUGUGGCAUUUAUUUUUGGUGUGUUAUAAGUUGCUCAUGCAUGUAUUAGACACGUCAAAUAGCAGAAAUGAAAGUGUGGUAGAUGUGACUAAGACCGCCCAAAUGUAUACUCAAGUAAGUUGGUGUACCUGUCAGUACAGUUGAAGAGGAACCUGAUGUUCCAAAUAUGGUCAGAGGCGUUACAUUUCCCUCACAAGCUUGCAGUAUUCCACCAAUCACUACACACUGGUGAACUGACCAAUCACACCACACCACGCUUUUCAGAGCCAUGAGUUUUGUUUCAGAGAGGCGGUGCAAAGAGGAGAUAAUACAUCUUAAAUGGUGUUUACACUGCAGUUCUUCUAAAACAAGCCAUAAUAUUGCUUUUAGCUGUGUUCAUAUCACACCUUUCAUGACUGUGUGU